CGCAAACUCUAGCCUCUUCUACGGUAAAGAGUAACAAAAUUGCUUUUUAUUGUGAAAGAGAUUCCUCUCUUCCAUAGGAAAUCCUCUCUCCCAUGGAAGGAAGCAUCUACCUUUCUCUUAUCCUUGUCGUUUUAUGCAAGCAAGCAUCCAAUUCUCCAUCACACGUCUUCACGUCUACCUUUGUUCAGCUUAUAUAAACAUGUAGUAUGAAGCUUUCAGGCGCUUUCAGGCUUACUGCAGCAGUUGAUGCGUUGUUAAUUUUAUUUUGAGUUGCUACUGGAAAGACACCGAGGAGCCAAACUUCAGAAAGUGAUCGUGCGGAGGAGACGGCAGCUUCCAGGGAUGGUGAUGAUCGACGGCUCAGACAAGGAGGAGAGGUUGUGAGUGCUUGGUCACGACACAUGAGGCAACAGAUAUGGGACUGUUUGAGAGAUGUCAAUAUUUAAGUGUUCUCAGUUUGGGGAUGGCAGGGUGUGGGGAAGUCACGGAUCAUGAGACAGGUGGUUGCAGCGGUGAUGGAUGAAUCCAAAGAAUCUAGCCAUCUGUUUGAUGUGAUCAUACGAGUAAGAGCACCGGGAGUCGAGAGUCUUGCUGAGAAGAUGCAGGCGAGAAUCAGAGAAGAAUUGAAGAAAGGUUUAUCUGAUCCGCGAAUGUUGCUUUUAAAGGCGAUGGAUGAAAAGGGGAGAAGGAAUCGUUUAAUGGAGGUACAGAUGGGAAUGAAGGAGGCAUUGGAUAUCCCAAAGUCCAUGGACUUCUCCGCAGCUGCUAAACAAAUCUCGGCUAAGCUAAGCGGCCAGAGGUUCCUCCUCGUCUUAGAAGAUGUUUGGGAAAGCAUCAACUUGGAAGAGAUGGGAGUUCCAAUCACGGCCCCUGCUUUCACCAUCGACAGCAAAGUGGUGAUCACAACUCAAUCCCAGGAAGUCUGUAACAAAAUGAAAGCCCAAGUAAACAUCAGGGUGGGGGAGUGGUCUAAAGAAGACGCCUGGGAUUUUUUACAGGAAGAGGCAGCGGAUGUUUCUACCAGCAUUGGUUUCUCAAUAACCAGAGACAUGGUCUUCAAAUGCUUCUCUUACGUCUCCUUGCUCUGUCGAAAUGGAGGCUCCAUCGAUGCAGAUUCCUUGAUAGAAGAGUAUUGGAGGUCGGUGGGCUUUUUAGAUGGAUUCUUCAAUGAGGAAGAGAAUAAAGAAGCGGCUUUCAAGAGAAUGGGGAAUGUACUGCUCAAAGAGCUCGCAGAGAGGUGCAUGGUGCUAUUGGCCCUGGUGUCAUCAAACCCAAAUUGGCUACACUCCUAUCUAAAUAGGUGGGUUGAAUAUUAUGAAUCAUACCUGUCGAGAACGUCUUUGGAAGGGGAAUUUAUGGAUUGGCUACAAGAGCAAUAUACAAUGGAGGGAUCUUCAGGAGGACAAUAUCAUGUGGAUAUGAAUUCCCAGCUAAUGGAAGUGAUUGGUUCUCAGACGUUCCCAGUGAAGUACAGCUUAAAUAGGGAAGAAUCAUGCCAAUGGAUUCAUUAUCCAAUAAUCAGGUAGAAACACUCCCAUUCCGCUCUCCAAAUUGCCCUCUUCUCUCGACAUUGUUGCUCAACAAUAAUGAUCGCUUGCAAGAAAUCCCAGACGGUUUUUUCCAGAACAUAACCAAACUCCGAGUCCUCGACCUUUCUUCCACAAGCAUCACUUCCCUGCCCUCGUCCAUGUCCUGCCUAUGCGAAUUACGGUUGUUGAAGCUUCAAAGCUGCUGCAAGCUAGAGGUUCUUCCUGCAUUCUUAAAGGAUAUGCAGAAGCUUGAGAUCCUCGAUCUCCAUCAAACUCCCUUGACGAAGAUGGUGGAGGUAUCCUUCCAUAACAUGCAAAGUCUCCGACGUCUCAACAUCUCAGGUGCCUGCAACCUCAGCCGGCUCUCACUCAAGGGUUGUCGCUCUCUAGUGAAACUGGUCAGCCCAAAUAAACAUUCAAAACUUGAGGCACUUCAUCUUUCAGGCACGAAAAUGGAAGAGCUCCCACACGAAAUUUUCAAUCUGACUAGCUUGCGGUGCCUGGACCUGUUGGGAAUGGAGCAUCUCAAGACGGUUGACUGGAGAAAUAUAAAUCGGCUUCCAGAAAACUUGAAUUGGGAUCGAUGUGGCUUGAACUUGCUGCAUGAGCAGCUCCAAGACAG